AUGCCUGUCAGCCUGAGCUCGGGAUCACGGAAGGUCAUGGAGCAGAUCGUCUUAAAUAGGUGGGAUCAAGACUUACUACCCAAAACAGGCUCACCCUGUGCUGUCUGCAGCAGAGGCGGCCGUUGGCACAGAGUGCUCCUGCUGGAGGCCACUGCAGGGAAGCAGGGCCAGCAAGUGGCUGAGGAGCUCUUUGUGGACUGUGGCAGGAAGGAGGCAGUGACAGCAGCCAGCCUUUGCCACCGUCUUGAGUGCUUUUAUGUGCCCGUGGUGACUUACCCAUAUGCUCUCUUGUGGCAGUCCAAAACGCAGAUCAGCGAGCUGAAAGCGUUGAUGCUAGGCAGAGUGAGAGCUCGUAUUGAAACCUUUAACUCCUCCAAGCAUAUCUAUAACAAGAGCCUGUACGAGGAAAAUGGCAGCAACCUGAACCGCGUCUCUGAGGUGCAGGCUCACUGCCUGAGCAGCAGCCGCUUGCAGGUCAGCCAAACCGAGGCUAGGAGGCAGCUGGAAGCAGUAGAAUCCUCAGCUGGAGAACUGGAGCUGCCACCAGGAGCACCUCCUGCUGCUUUAGCACACACAGAUUUGGCCUCCAUGCCUUCAGCUGGUGUCUGUCUGAAGUUCCACAGGGUGCAGCCCUCCCAUCCCCGAGACCCAUCUGCGUCCCAGCUGCAGCUCCGUGAGCAUCACCAGUUCUUCAGGCGGCUGACGCAGAGCACGUGGCAUUUCUGCUGCGAUGCCACAAAGCCGUGUGGUGUGAUGUGGGACCUGCAGCAUGGAUCGCUUUGUUGCAUCGGUGGAAAAGAAGGCGCCUUUAAUCGAGCAGUCAUCUCCAGGUGAUGACUAGACGGCAGUGUAGAAAUACAUCUGGAGGACAGAGGCAAUACAGAAACAGUAGAUGGACGUGAGAGAAAGGAGCUCCUUCCCCAGGUCUGGGAAGUACCCAUGUCAGCUCCAAGACGUCGUUUGGCAGGUGUGUUCCCUCUGAGGAGCUGCAGUGAAGGAAGGACCCGUGUCUGCCUUCAGAUUGUGCUGAACAAAAGACUCGAGGUUCGUCUUCUGCACGCAGAGGCUGACAGACACAUGGCUGAAACUCUUGGCCAGUCGCAGUUUGGGGAGAAAAAUGGAAGUAAACUCAUGGCCCAGGGAGGGCACGCUGAAUGUGGAAUAACCAAGGCUCUGCAAAGAUCAGCUGGGAGGCAGGCAGGCCCCAUCCGCACCAGGUGCUGGGGAAGGAGAGGAAACGACUGAGUGGCUCUGACUGGAACCUGGGCUAAGGGGAAACGGAGGCGUGUUAACUCUUGUGCAGCUGUGACCGUCACAGAGCUCCAGAGGAGAGCAUCCCUUCCUGCUCAGCCUUGGGCCUGCCCUUUCUCAGCCGUCAGUUGUCCCUAGGCACCAAGCCUCUCUCUGAAAGCAGAGAAAAACAACACGGUUGCAAAGCAGGACAAACAGCACAGGUGGAAAGCCCAGGGUGCCCGAGGUUCUCGGGGC